AUGUCAUCAAGAGAAGCCACCCUCCCUCCCUACACCAUGUCCUCAAUGGUCAUCUACGCCAUCCAGUGCUCCCCGCAGAAAGCCUUGACCUUGUCAGAGAUCUGCUUAUCCCUGGAGACCAUGUUUCACGUCUAUGGCGGCAACGACAAAGCUUGGUACAACAAGGUCCGUAACGUCCUCUCAAAGAACACCCACUUCGUCAAGAUAAGGCAUCCCAACAACAGCGGCAAGAGUCUGUGGACCGUCGACCUGUCCCUUGUUCCUCUCACUUCGUUCCGGAGGCAGACGACACGUAUAGAAAGUCACAACGGAUGGCCAAGCCUCCUUUAUCAAUAUCUUGGUGUUCCGGAAAUCGAGCUUCGUGGUGUUGUGUCCUCGAGUACAGCUUCCGGUAUUGAACGAACCACCAGUGUUGUGUCCUCUCAACUCAGCUUCGGUAUUGACCGCAUCCUCAGCAUGUCACCCAGACCGUCAAAGACUCCCACAGCAGACGACUCCAUUCUAGAUGGAGAUGCCUGUUCCGCUUGUGAUUCGUUUUGCAGUGUGUUCGAUACCACUUACGACGAGGGUGACUCAGUUCAUGGAAUCUGUUAUUCAUCCAGAGAU